AUGGAGACCCAAGUUGCUGAAUUCGAAGACACCGAGUCAGAAUGGGUGAUUGACAAAGUACUGGCCCACUCAGGACGGCGCGUGGACUCCACAUUUCAAAUUUUGUGGAAGUCAGGGGAUAUCACCUGGCUGGUGUACGAUCAAAUAGCCGAGUUGGGGGCAUUAAAGGAUUAUUUCACCACGCUGGGCAUCGAAAAUGUCUCAGAAUUGGGUGAUGGACUUGGGAACCUCCCUACAGGGGACUCCCAAGUGUCAGCUGGGUGCUUAUCUCUCGGCGAGUCCACCUAUAAAGGACUCACCACCAUCCCAUCAUCCCCUGAAACCUCCUUUUCCCUAACCACCGACCACUCCUUGCUACUAUUUGCCUGCAACUUCACAAUCAACCCCAUGGCAUCUCUCCUUACUCGUAUUGGCGCCCGCAAGUUCACCAUCCCCAACGGCAUAGGCAAUGGGGACAUAAUGAUAGUCCUAGAGAUGCUCUGCACAUACCUCGAGCACAACACUCAUCUGCGCUCUGGGACAGCAACGGACUGGGCCACCCCUGCAGGUUAUGGAGAGUUCUCUCUGUCCUUUAAUAUGAUGCAAACCACAAAUGGACUCACCUCUCGCAUUGCCGAAGAAUCCUCCGAGGGACCCCGCAUCAGCGGGCCCUCCCCAUCCUUCGUUGACCUUGUUGGGGAAGAGGUACCCCCCAGCACCCAGGCUGCCCAUGCUCCUGCUCAACCACCACUGGAAGGUGGCCGCUGGAUUAACCCCCGCUGGGCUGAGUUGCUUGAAGAGGCACUGUGGAUGAACCUAGAGACGGCCAAACGGCAGAGAGAGUGGCGCGACCGAAGCAUUGCCAACAGAAAGGCCAAACGGGCGCGCCACACGUCUAGCCUGCCACCCAUCUAUCAGACCACAGAUUUGGGAGAGGGACCAAGUAACACUUGCCAGUGCUGCCGCGGUCCGGUCCAGAACUAUGGUUCGAACUGGACUUUUGGUCCAGUUCUCCGCGAACCAGACCGGAAAAAGGUUCUCGGUUCUAGGUCUUCCCCAACGGUCCCGUUCUGGUUCAGCCUUGCCGAACCAUUCCGAACCAUUAUCGACUUUGACUUUGACUUUGACUGUGACAACUUCGGUCUCCACGUCAAACUGUUGUCUUCGGGAUUCGCACUACGGUUAAUCAGGCUACCUUUAGCCUUUUUGAAGAUUGAGGGUAUGGAAACCGAACCUCCCAUCGAUACUUAUGCAUGGGAGACCAUGCCUGAGAGCUUGACACUCGCUUCUGUCUGCUCCAUUGCGCUUCAAGAGCUAGAUACCUCAUUCCUGCAGGUGCGACUGUCAUUGGCAACCAUUGGUUCAAUCCUCAAUGUUGGAUUGACGAUGCAGGUCGUGUGCACAAUGAUCUCUGGUUUUUCACUUUUGGCUUUGGCCGUCGAACCCUCCACUCAUUCACCCAUUCGACAUCAACCAUAUGGAUGCUUCGAUGCUGCCGCCUCUGUCGGACCCUCGCUGCUCUCGCCACCAUCUCUUCCUGCUGCUUGCCGUUAUCCCUCACUGCUGCUCACCAUUAUCCCAUCUCUUGCUGCUGCUUGCCGUUAUCCCUCGCUGCUCUCGCCACCAUCUCUUGCUGCUGCUCGCCAUUAUCCCUCGCUGCUGCUCGCCAUUAUCCCUCGCUGCUGCUCGCCGUUAUCCCCACCAGUCCUCGACCCAUGCUCAUGA